AUGCAAUAUCUUCGAUCCAACUCAGAGAAAUCACCUUUCACCGGUCUAUUUCGAUUCUUUUGGCUGCUUAUAAUCACGAUUUUCUUCACAACAACUACAAAGGUAGAAGCAUCAACAUGGGUAGUAAGAGUGGGAGACGGCGGAUUAAAAUUUGACCCUGCAAUGCUAACAGUCGCGCCAAACGACACGAUAACAUUUAAUUUCUUAAAUGGACCACAUGGAGUAACUCAAUCAACCGGGCCAAAAUCUUGUAGUCCUUUGAACGGUGGGUUCAAAACGGAUAGUCGUUUUGUGAGCGAGAAUUACUCGAUUAAAGUUGUUGGAAAACACUGUGCGCAAGGAAUGACCGGAACGAUAAACGUAGUCGCCGCCGAUUCCGUUAAUAACGGUGCAAGUACUGAGCAAGUAGGCAGCACCGCGACUUCAGUGGUGUUAAGUGAUGCUAGCAAUGGAAAAGGUUCGACUUCAGUGCUAGCAGUUACUAUUGGAGUAUUGACUUCGAGCUUUUUCAUAGCUAUUAUGUUAGUAUAA